AUGGUUCUCAAGACCGAGCUUUGCCGUUUUAGUGGUGCCAAGAUCUACCCUGGAAAAGGCAUUAGAUUCAUUAGAUCUGACUCCCAGGUUUUCCUCUUCGCCAACUCAAAAUGUAAGAGAUACUUCCACAACCGCCUGAGGCCAGCAAAGCUUACUUGGACUGCUAUGUACCGCAAGCAGCAUAAGAAGGACAUUGCUGCUGAAGCUGUGAAGAAGAGGCGCAGAGCGACCAAGAAGCCUUACUCAAGGUCCAUUGUUGGCGCUACAUUGGAAGUCAUCCAGAAGAGAAGAGCCGAGAAGCCUGAGGUCCGUGAUGCUGCUCGUGAAGCUGCUUUACGUGAAAUCAAGGAAAGGAUCAAGAAAACCAAGGACGAGAAAAAGGCAAAGAAGGCUGAGUUGGUGUCCAAGCAGAAGAGUGGAAAGGGCAAUGUGUCCAAGGCUGCCAUGCCCAAGGGUCCCAAGCUUGGAGGUGGUGGUGGCAAGCGUUGA